CAUAUCCAUGAGAGGAUGUCCGUCAACUGUGCUUUCCUCACAACUGGAAGAAGGACUGCUGGAGAGGGUUCUCCUCAGCCACCUGCAAGUCCAGGGGAGCCGUCUCCCCCGUCCAUCCUUCCUGCACAAUCAGAGUUAAUAGUCAGAGCUGGUGACCAGAUCAGGCUGACAUGCACUGAUCCGGCCUUUGUCAAAUGGACUUUCAAGACCCUGGGUGACGUGAGUGAGAAUAAGGACAGUGAAUGGAUCAGAGCAGAAGCUGAGGCUGCCCACACAGGCAAAUACACGUGCACCAACAGAGACGGCUUAAGCAGCUCCAUUUAUGUAUUUGUUAGAGAUCCUGCCAAGCUUUUCCUUAUUGGCGUUCCCUUGUUUGGGAAAGAAGACAAUGACACACUGGUCCGCUGUCCUCUGACAGACCCAGAGGUGACCGAUUAUUCCCUCAAGGAAUGCGAGGGGAGACCUCUCCCCAAGGACCUAAUGUUUGUCCCCGACCCCAGGGCUGGAAUCACCAUCAGAAACGUGAAGCGUGCUUACCAUCGACUCUGUUUGCGUUGCUCAGCCAGCCGGGAGGGCAAGUUGGUGCUGUCAGACAAAUUCAUCCUGAAAGUGAGGGCAGCCAUCAAAGCUACACCAGUUGUGUCUGUAUCCAAAGCCAGCUAUCUUCUGAGGGAAGGGGAAGAAUUUACAGUGACAUGCACAAUAAAGGACGUGUCCAGUUCUGUGGGCGCAAUGUGGAUAAAGGAGAACAGUCAGCUAACUGAAGAUCAGGUAAAACGUAAUAGCUGGCAUCAGGGUGACUUCAAUUAUGAACGUCUGGAAACACUGACUAUCAGCUCAACAAGAGUUAAUGAUUCUGGAGUGUUCAUGUGUUACGCCAAUAAUACUUUUGGAUCAGCAAAUGUCACAACAACCUUGAAAGUAGUAGAUAAAGGAUUCAUUAAGAUCUUCUCCAUGAUGAACACGACUGUAUUUGUAAAUGAUGGAGAAAAUGUAGAUUUGAUUGUUGAAUAUGAGGCAUACCCCAAACCUGAACACCAACAGUGGAUAUAUAUGAACAGGACCUCUAGCAACAAAUGGGAAGAUUACCCCAACUCUGAGAAUGAAAGUAACAUCAGAUAUGUCAGCAAGCUUCAUCUAACCCGGUUAAAAGCGACCGAAGGAGGCACUUACACUUUUUUUGUGUCCAACUCUGAUGUCAAUGCUUCCAUGACAUUUACUAUUUACGUGAACACAAAACCAGAAAUCCUGAUUUAUGACAGGCUCAUGAAUGGCAUGCUCCAGUGUGUGGCAGCGGGAUUCCCAGAGCCCACAAUAGAUUGGUAUUUUUGUUCAGGAAUGGAGCCAAGAUGUUCUAAUUCUGUACAGCCAGUAGAUGUCCAAAUCCAGAACUCCUCUUUGCCACCGUUUGGAAAACUCCUGGUUCAGAGCUCCAUAGAUUCUAGCAUGUUCCGGCACAAUGGCACGGUCGAGUGUAAGGCUUCCAACGAUGUGGGCAAGAUUUCUGCCUUUUUUAACUUUGCAUUUAAAGGUAACAAUAAAGAACAAACCCAUCCCCACACCCUGUUCACCCCUUUGUUGAUUGGUUUUGUGAUCACAGCUGGUAUGAUGUGCAUCAUUGUGAUGGUUCUCACCUACAAAUGCUUACAGAAACCCAUGUAUGAAGUGCAGUGGAAGGUUGUUGAGGAGAUAAAUGGAAACAAUUAUGUUUACAUAGACCCAACACAACUUCCUUAUGAUCACAAAUGGGAGUUUCCCAGAAAUAGGCUGAGUUUUGGGAAGACUUUGGGUGCUGGCGCCUUUGGGAAAGUUGUGGAAGCCACUGCAUAUGGCUUAAUUAAAUCAGAUGCAGCCAUGACCGUUGCUGUCAAGAUGCUGAAGCCGAGUGCCCACUUAACGGAACAAGAGGCCCUCAUGUCUGAACUCAAGAUUCUGAGUUACCUUGGGAAUCAUAUGAACAUCGUAAAUCUCCUGGGAGCCUGCACUGUUGGAGGGCCUACCCUGGUCAUUACGGAAUAUUGUUGCUAUGGUGAUCUUUUGAAUUUUUUGAGAAGAAAACAUGAUUCAUUUAUUUGCUCAAAGCAGGAAGAUCAUGCAGAAGCAGCACUGUAUAAGAACCUUCUGCAUUCAAAGGGGUCUUCCUGCAGUGACAGUACCAAUGAGUACAUGGACAUGAAGCCUGGCGUUUCUUAUGUUGUCCCAACCAAGGCAGACAAAAGGAGAUCGGCAAGAAUAGGCUCAUACAUAGAAAGAGAUGUGACUCCUGCCAUCAUGGAGGAUGAUGAGUUGGCCCUGGACCUGGAAGACUUGCUGAGCUUUUCUUACCAGGUGGCAAAGGGCAUGGCUUUCCUUGCCUCGAAGAACUGUAUUCACAGAGAUUUGGCAGCCAGAAAUAUCCUCCUUACUCAUGGUCGAAUCACAAAGAUUUGUGAUUUUGGUCUAGCCAGAGAUAUCAAGAAUGAUUCUAAUUAUGUGGUUAAAGGAAAUGCUCGACUGCCUGUGAAGUGGAUGGCACCGGAAAGCAUUUUCAACUGCGUGUAUACAUUUGAAAGUGAUGUCUGGUCCUAUGGGAUUUUUCUGUGGGAGCUCUUCUCUUUAGGAAGCAGCCCCUACCCUGGAAUACCAGUUGAUUCCAAGUUCUACAAGAUGAUCAAGGAAGGGUUCCGAAUGCUCAGCCCCGAGCGUGCACCUGCUGAAAUGUAUGACAUAAUGAAAACUUGCUGGGAUGCCGAUCCUCUAAAAAGGCCAACAUUCAAGCAGAUCGUCCAGCUCAUUGAGAAGCAGAUUUCUGAUAGCACCAAUCAUAUUUACUCCAACUUGGCCAAUUGCACCCCCAACCCAGAGAACCCCAUGGAGGUGGACCGUUCUGUGCGGGUCAAUUCAGUCGGCAGCAGCGCCUCCUCUACCCAGCCUCUCCUCGUGCAUAAAGAUGUCUGAGCAGGACGAGCAUGUGGGGUCUGCCCUUCAGGAGCAAUCCCCAUUCUUUUGGCUUCCACAAUGGUUCUUUUGUUUUCCUUCAACUUGCAUCCUGUGCCAGGGUAGUGGAUCCCCCACUGUAAUCCUGACUUGAUGAGCACACUUUAGUGGCUGAUGAUUUUCUUGUCAUCAGCCACCAACCCAUUGUAAAGGUUCGAACUGUAUAUAUUCCCAAAAGCAAAGUAGCUCCUACUAUCAACAAAAUAAGUUCUGGUUUAGAGAAAGAGGGUGGAAUGGGCUAGAUGCCCAGAUUUCUCUCUAAUGUUCCUCCAAUUCUGUUUGAAAAGUAUGGUUGCUUGUUUAUUUGAAUAAAUAAGAAGUACUCACAUUUGGUUUAAAGGAUCCAGGAUGAUGUGAAGAUGCAUCAGGAUUGGCAAUUGAAACCUAAGCCCUUUGUGUGGAAAAUGGAACAUUAUUAGAACAAAGGACACAAGUAUGAACAUCUGGGCUUAAGAAAUCUAGUAUUUCAUGCUGAGAAUGAGACCUAGGCCAAGAAAAAGUGCCCCUUGAACAUGAAUAAAGACACUGCUGUAGACCACUGCAUGAGCUUUUGUAUACCUGACCUGGUUUUUAAAUAGAAUUUGCUACCAGGGGUUGAAUUGGAGACAAGGCCUCCCUAGCCAGCAUCUGUAUAUACUCAUCUAUAGAUUGUGCGUAUUCAUACAUUGGAGGGGGGAGACCACAAGGUUUAUUUUCUGUGUACAACCCUGGCAUUAUGUCUGCUGUGUAUAGGAAUAGAUUGAGCCAUACAAGUUUGAAGGAAACAGUUAAUACUGUUUUUUUUUU